UAUGCCUUCAUCUUGCAGGUGCUACCACAUUUCAUUACGUGGAAACAUGCGACAGAUGAGGAUUCUUGAAUUCCGCUACAACGUAGAGAAGCUGAAGGAAAAGAAGUGGAUAUCAAGGAAGGACAGCCAAGCCUCAGACCUGAAACCCACGUUUGAGCCCGACAAGGAGGGCAUGGAGCAGGUAUUCAGGAAGAUAUCGAAUGGCAAAGAGAUGAUCGAGUUCAGCGACCUGCGGCAGCUGCUGCACAAGAUGAACGUUGCCGACGCCGACCGUGAGGCCAAGCAGAUGAUGCAGGCGGCCGACUUCAACAAUGAUGGCUUUCUGGACUUCGACGAGUUCAUGAAGGUGACCAAGGACGUAAGCAUGAGAGAAUUGAAAGACGCCUUUGGCAUGUUCGACGAGAACCGCGAUGGACAUAUAAGCGCCGAAGAUAUAAAGAGAAUGAUGCAGAAACUUGGCGAAAGUUGUACCUUGGAGGACUGCGCGAGGAUGGUGAAGCAUGUGGACAAGAACGGGGACGGGCUCGUCGACAUGGAUGAGUUCGUAGCGAUGAUGACCGGCACCAGGAAACCAAUCUGAACGAGCAUUAAUCUUACUAUAUAUCUCCAAUGCAACAUGCUCGAUAAUUUCUACCUCGCAACGGGAAAUAUAUAAUUAGU